AGAGGCGGAUAAAGGGCAAGGUACAAUUUAUUUUAAAAAUGGUGAUAAGUACUUCGGACUGGAGCUCAGGGGGCGACAGCAAAACCUUCGGUCACCAUGGGGUUGGUUGACUCUCCGUGCUUCAGGUGGUCCAGGCCUUUGUGAUCCUCGGGUGGCUAAUCAUGCAGCUCUUCCAGUGACAUGUCAGUCCGAUUAGGAGCAGGUUUAUCCUUCCAUAACCUGCUGAUCAAUGAAAGAAUUGGAGGUGAGUUAGGGGGAGGGAGAGCACAAAUAGAGAGCAGCUUACUUUAUCUUCUGGCUAGUUAGCAUUGGCUCCUUUUGAGAGGGUUUCCAGGUGGGGAGAGCCUUCGUCCUCUUCUGCAGUGUCUUGCCUUGUGUCCAGCUUGCCCAUCAAUGACUGCAACACAGCUUAAAACACACACUCAUGGUACACACUAAUUACUAAUGUUUUUCAGCUGCACCUCAUCAGGGUGCAUUCAAGUGCACUGCAAACUGUGGGAAAAAACAAACAUUUGGGCUGGUUCAGGCUUUUAGACGGCUGUGGACAUGAUACAGUGGUUUUAAGUCCAUUUCUUGACAUUUUCACAAUAUAAAUACACAAGUUAUUUCACAGGCAGGUGAACAAACAGAAACGCAUGCACUGUAAGCACGCUUUCACAAUUCUAACAACUACAACACCCAGCAGCUUCUGCAGGCUUCGUGCAGAAUACAUCCAUGGUGCAGAGUCGGUAGUGACUUGAAGAUAGUGUCUGUCAGAAUGCGGCCGCAUGUGUUUACAGUUUUCCUUCUAAUUUUUAUCUGUUGGUUCGUCUCCUCUUUUGUAUUUUCACAUCAGAGACACCGAGGAGAAACGUUUCAGAGAAGAAAUCCCGGAGGAGGCGGUGCUUAUGGAGUACAACAUACAACAACAACCUCAGACUGGAGAAACCUUCACACCCACCACUGAGGAGUCCCACAGAUCAUUUAUUGACAUGCAGCCUCGCACUCCAGUGGACGAGAAGCGACAGUGACAUGCACAGCGAGAUACACUGCGGUUCUCACUUCUGCCAAUUAGACCCUGGUUUCUACAGGGGAGAGCCGCCCCGCUGACCGUAGCUCCUCGUGACGCUCCGGACUGGAGCCACAGUGUACGCACACCGGCCACAUGCGCCCUCACACCGGGUCCCUGCCCUCCGUUCAGCGGUAGCAGAGGGCUUGUUUUCCCGCACGCUGUUGAGUACAACUAAUGGAAACCUCGGCGUUUCUGCCAUUUCGUGUGUGUGUGUGUGUGUAGCAGUCCUCCCCAGCUGAACAGCUGACAGUAAACCAGGAGGCUGCUGGAGCGCGGAUCCGGACACCAUCAUCAUGAAGUUGGCGGUCCUCCUCCUCCUGUGGAUGUCCUGCCCGCUGUCCCUCGCCAACAUCGCCGCUCCAAAUGAGUUUGUAUCCUUGGCAGAGAUGGAGGAUGCCCUGCUGAAGAACCUUUUCCAAGGCUACCAGCGCUGGGUCAGACCAAUCCAGCGUGCCAACGACACUGUUAGAGUACGCUUUGGACUCAAGAUCUCCCAGCUGGUUGAUGUGGAUGAGAAAAACCAGCUCAUGACAACUAAUGUUUGGCUUUGUCAGGAGUGGAUCGAUUACAAACUCCGAUGGAAUCCAGAGAAAUAUGCAGGAAUUACCUCCAUCAGAGUUCCUUCUGAAAAUAUCUGGCUCCCAGACAUCGUCCUCUAUGAGAAUGCUGAUGGGCGGUUUGAGGGCUCCCUGAUGACCAAAGCCAUUGUCAAGUUCAAUGGUACCAUCACCUGGACACCACCUGCAAGUUACAAGUCCGCCUGCACCAUGGACGUCACCUUCUUCCCUUUUGACCGCCAGAACUGCUCCAUGAAGUUUGGCUCCUGGACCUAUGAUGGCAACAUGGUGGACCUGGUUCUGAUGGACGACCAGGUCGAUCGGAAGGACUUCUUUGAUAACGGUGAAUGGGAAAUCCUGAGUGCCACUGGUGCCAGAGGGAACCGGAAGGACGGCUUGUAUUCAUACCCCUUCAUUACGUAUUCCUUCAUUCUGAAGAGGCUACCGCUGUUCUACACACUCUUCCUCAUCAUCCCUUGUUUGGGUUUGUCCUUUCUGACUGUCUUGGUGUUUUACCUCCCCUCAGAUGAGGGAGAGAAGCUGUCACUUUCUACCUCUGUCCUUGUGUCGCUGACUGUGUUCCUCCUGGUCAUAGAGGAGAUCAUCCCCUCCUCCUCCAAGGUGAUCCCGCUCAUUGGAGAAUACCUGCUCUUCAUCAUGAUAUUUGUCACGCUCUCAAUCAUCGUCACUGUCUUCGUCAUCAACGUCCACCACCGCUCCUCAGCCACCUACCACCCCAUGUCGCCAUGGGUUCGUAAUCUCUUCCUCCAGAAACUGCCGAGGUUGCUCUGCAUGCGUGGACACAUCGACCGUUACCACUACCCAGAGCUGGCUCCUGAAAGCCCCGAGCUGAAGCCUCGCUCUGGAGGACGGAAAGGAGGGCAGAAGAGCGGAGCCCACGGACAGGCGACUUCUGAGGGUAAGGAGGACGAAGCCUGGGCGACCAUGUUGGAGAAGGCCAUCUAUUCAGUACGGUACAUCAGCAGACACAUCCGCAAGGAGCACUUCAUCCACGAGGUGGUACAAGACUGGAAGUUUGUGGCCCAGGUAUUAGACAGGAUCUUCCUGUGGGCUUUCCUCACUGCCUCAGUACUGGGCACCAUCCUCAUCUUUACUCCAGCUCUGCAGAAGUUCAUGAAAAUCCCUCCUCAAACUGCAACUGAGGAUCCACCUUCAAACUAGUGGCAAUAACACACCCACUUUCACGGGCAACUGAUGAUCCACCUUCACAAAUAUGUAAAACAUUUCUUACCACAGAGCAAGAAGAAGCUAUUACAGGUGCUUUACAAAGGUGAACUUUGACUCUUUGACUUUCAUUUAGCUGUCUUCAUUUAGUUCUCUUCUCUAGAUCCACUGAAUAAAAUGUUUUGUAUGCCAUUAAGUCAGUAUGUGUACAAUUCUAUUUGAUUUUACUAUAAUGCAAUAAUGUUGUUUAUAGAAAAAUGAAACAAACGUAGAGAAACUUGCAGCUGAGCCUGUUUAUUGCCAGAGUCAUAAAAUUUCAAAUACUUCAUAGUGGCUUUAAGUAGCAUGCAGCUGUUAGUACGCUAGAAUACACAUGCUGGUCAUAUUAGAAAACUAUUUAAGAUGAAACUAAAUAAAACUUUAAAAAUGUGUAAAAAGGAGUAAAAUAACUCAGCCAACUUCGUUCAGCAUUAAGUUAAACUAUAAAAACAUACUCCAAAUUAUAUUAUUGGCUUGAUUAAUGUACUGAUGAUUAAUACUGUUGAUUUCCUCAUUAUUGUUUAGUCUUUCUAAUUGACAUUGCCUUUGACUUUGGUGUAUGUGGUGGAUUAAUUUUCUUUAAUUGUCUCACAUUAUACAUAACUAUUCUGGCACAAUAAUAAAAUCAUCACAUACCUGAAGCACAAAAUACCUCUUACUGUAACUCCGUUUUAGUAGCGCAUUGUAAUAAAAGCUAAUUGAUUUAAUUUCUCAAGGUGCCAACAACAUUUGAACUGUUAAACACUCAUUAGACUUUGUACAUGUUUGCAAAUUCUUGUAAGACAUUAAAACAUUUUAAGGAAAUGAAGACAUUAGGUGAUUGAUCAGAGCUCUAAUUUGGGAUGUUGUGUCUGAACACCUUUCACUUUUCUGUUAAAUACCUUGUCUGUCACAUCUUCCUCAAAUACAAAAUGUGCUAUAUUUUGGUCACUGCUGGUAAGAGAAUUAAUUUCAAGUUACAUAAUAUAAAGUGUAAUGAAUGAAAACGUUAUUUACAUUUCUCUAAUUUACACAAUCCUGAAAAGUACAAUAUUUGUAUUGCUCAGAUGUACUUUAUCCCACUAAUAAAGUUGUUUUGAAUACACAG